AUGGUUAGGGCUGAUGCAUCCGUCAGCAUCAAGGUGCUCCUAAAUGCCACCGCCGCACACUUUGGGUUUAGGCCGACUUACAGGAGGGUCUGGUUGGCGAAGCAGAAGGCUGUUGCCCUCAUCUAUGGUGACUGGGAUGAGUCGUACAAUGAGCUCUCAAGGUGGGUGUUAGGAGUCCAGUUGACGAUGCCUGGUACUGUUGCAGUCCUAAGGACAAGCCCUGUUCGUGUCUGUGGUCAGUUGGACGAUUCUCGAACUUAUUUUCACAGACUAUUCUGGACGUUUUCACCGUGUUUCAAGGCAUUCCGUCAUUGCAAGCCCCUAGUUAGUAUUGACGGCACCCAUCUGUAUGGCAAGUAUGUGAAAACCUUGCUAGUCGCGAUUGCACAGGACGGGAACUCCAACAUACUCCAUGUUGCAUUCGCAUUAGUCGAGGGUGAGAAUGCUGAGUCGUGGCAUAACGGCAUCAAGGCCACGCUUGAGGCUCUUGACGGAGGCUGGUUGCCUCCAUCUGCAUACCGGGCAUUCUGCAUUCGACAUGUUGCGGCAAAUUUCGCCCUCACCUUCAAGGGCAAAGACGCAAGGAGGCUACUUGUGAAUGCGGCGUACGCUAAGACUGAGGUCGAAUUCCAUUACUGGUUUGAUAUUCUUAGGUCCGAAGACCCGGCGAUGUGUGACUGGGCGAACUGGAUUGAGUAUUCGUUGUGGACACAGCAUUGUGAUGAGGGGCGUAGAUUCGGACACAUGACGACGAAUAUAUCUGAGUGUGUGAACUCUAUCCUCAAGGGUGUCAGAAACCUUCCUGUGUGCUUGCUAGUGAAGGCAACAUACGGAAGGUUGGCCGAAUUAUUUGUUCGCAAAGGGAGAGAGGCUGAGGCGCAGAUGGAAACCGGACAACAAUUUAGUCAGCACUUGGUGAAGUGUAUAGAGGCCAACUUGAAGAUGGCUAGGUGCUUCACGGUUACUGUGUACGACAGGGAUAACUCCGAGUCACCGUCGCAGAGACAACUCCGACUGGUUCUUUCUCACUGGGCACUUCAUUUUCCGUGUCCCCACGCACUGGCAUGCUAUGCCUACUCACGGCUUACUUGGGAGCCUUACGUCCACCAGGUGUAUCGUCUUAGUUCGGUCUUCAGUGUGUAUCGAAUGGGUUUCACACCUCCCAUUUCGGAGGGUUUCUGGCCACCAUAUGAUGGGCCGACUGUCAUCCCUGAUCCCAAUAAGAGGCGUGCGAGAGAGGGUCGUCCGAGGUCCACUCGGAUACGGACCAAUAUGGACGAGGCAGAUCCGAACCGGCCAAAAAGAUGUGGGCUUUGUCGGCAGCCCGGCCACACACGUCGGAGUUGCCCACAGCUCGGAGGAGUAGAGCACACACGGGGACAUGAUUAG